GUCUUCACAAGAAAAGAAGGCGUGUUUUCGCAUCAAUUUUUGCACGGUAGAGAGGAUUUGAAGCAGCCCUGCAGGCUGCUCUGCGUCCGGUAAUGGACACAUACUCCUCUGGGGAAGAACUGGUUAUUAAGGCAAGAAAACCAUAUACAAUAACUAAGCAACGGGAGAGAUGGACGGAGGACGAGCAUAAUAAGUUUCUAGAAGCCUUGAAGCUUUAUGGACGAGCAUGGCAGCGGAUAGAAGAACAUAUAGGAACAAAGACUGCUGUGCAGAUCAGAAGUCAUGCACAGAAAUUCUUUUCAAAGGUCAAUUGCUACCUUCUCACCUUAUGCUUGUAUGAGAUGUAUUUUUUCAAUUGCAAACAAUAUCUUUACUCUUGUUUACAGUUAUGUUGGAUGAGCAGAACAAUGAGAUCUGAGAGUUGCUGGGAUUGUGGGUGUGACGGCGGUGACUCGCUUCUAACAGUGGCUACUGGAUGA